AUGAUCUCAAGUAGUCGUAGCUUUCUAUCUACCGUAUCUCCAGGCUUUCUCCGAUGUCAGCGGCAAUUGUCAAACAGCUCUAGAGCCAAGCUUCAGCCAAAGUCUCCUAGUAAGGUCUUCCGUAAUUUGGCAGUAGGUGGGACACUAACUGGACUCAGUGUGUAUGGAUUGGAUCAAUACUAUGAUAAAGUGAUCUCCAGAUCCUUCCGUGCUGUCAGAGCUCUACUCUGGGUGGCGUACCAGUACUCUUCCAAUGCUUCUAGCUAUGAUUCAAUGCAUGAUUUGCAUGAUAUAGCUGCUGAAGAACUAUUGAAAAUGAUCGAGGCUAACAAGGGACUAUACAUCAAGCUCGGUCAGGCGAUUGCAAACCAAGGAACUUUGUUUCCAAUAGAAUAUCAACGUAGAUUCAAUAGGUUAUAUGAUAAUGCCCCAGUAGAUAAAUGGCAAGACAUAGACACGCUCUUGAAGAAGAACUUUGGGUCUGAUUACGAAACAGAUAUGUUUCAUCUGAUAGAACAUACGCCAAUUGCGAGCGCUUCCAUUGCUCAAGUUCACAGAGCAGUAUUGAAAGUCCAUAAUGAAUCCAAUGGCACGGUCGAGAACGUAGAUGUUGCAGUUAAGGUGCAACACCCAUAUGUUGAAAACCAAAUAAACGUGGACUUACUUGUAUAUAGAUUAAUCACCAAAGUUUACGAAAGGGUUUUUGACAUACCAAUGGCGUUCUUUUCUUCAUAUGUUUCUCUGCAACUAGAGAAGGAAACUGAUUUCGUGAAUGAACAGCGUAAUACAGAGAAAUUGGAAUUCUUGUUAGAGACUGACACUUCAAAGUCCAAGUAUUUACAAAAGGUUCGAGUACCCAAGGUCUAUACUUCCACUAGGCAGGUUCUUAUCGGCGAAUGGAUUGAUGGAGUUUCUCUCAGCGACAAAGACAAGUUGAUAGAUCAGGGGUUCGACUUGAGCCUUCUAAUGACUCAGUAUUUGCAAUCACUUGCGAAACAAAUAUUUGAAUAUGGAUUUGUACAUUCAGAUCCACAUCCAGGAAAUCUUAUUGCGAGAUUCAACGAUAAAAAUGUACAGGAACUUGUAAUCUUAGAUCAUGGGUUGUACGUAGACCUCCCUAUGAAGUUCCGUAAUGAAUACUCGCGCUUGUUUGAAAGUAUCUUCCAAUUUAAUCGAUCUGGAAUUAAGGAAAUUGCUGACAGUUGGGGUAUAGGAAAUGUCGAAGUUUUUGCGACGCUAGUUCAAUUAAGACCUAUCAAGAUGGAUGGAGAUUCGCCAGAUGGUAACUCCAAGCAAGACAUAAAUGAUUUGCUUCAUGACUUUUUGAAUGAUAAAUCCAAAUUUCCUCUAGAACUCAUCUUCAUCUCCCGUACCAUGAGAAUGAUGCAAAACCUAAACCAAACCUAUGGAUCUCCGGUGAACAGAAUCUCCAUUUUAACUAAAGAGCUGGUUAGUGCACUUCUCAAAGAUUCCAAAUCCAGGAAAGAUUGGUUUAUUCAGACUUUGAAGUUUUUACCAGUUAGAUUUGCUUUCUUUUUGAAUGACUUAGCAUUCUGGUUCAUAAGGCUCCGCCAAGUAUUGCUUGGAGAUAGAUAUGGCGGGAAGAAGAUUGGUUUAGAGGAUUACUUAGAGACAUAUAUGAAAAAUACCGCAAAAAGUGUGGGUAUUGAAUGGGUGGAUGAAAGCGAAGUUUGA